CUGGAGGAAUGAGGAGGCCAUCUUGAGAGAACGGAACAAAGAGAAACGACGAGAGUCCAGUGAGAGGACAGCUAAUAACACCCGGCUAUUACCAUCAAAGCCAUGUCCGACUCCGAGAAACAACCGGAGGAAAAGGCGGAGGUGGUUGAGAAGAAAAUUUUAGCAACAAGGGUCACCGGUACUGUGAAAUGGUUCAACGUUAAAAGCGGAUAUGGCUUCAUAAAUAGAGAUGACACCAAGGAAGAUGUGUUUAUCCAUCAGACUGCCAUUGUUAAAAACAAUCCAAGGAAGUAUCUACGAAGUGUCGGUGAUGGGGAAAAAGUGGAAUUUGAUGUAGUAGAAGGAGAAAAGGGAAACGAAGCAGCAAGUGUAACUGGACCAGGUGGUACGUUUGUACAGGGCAGCAAGUAUGCCGCAGACCGCCGCCGAUUCAGGAGUAACUGGUUUUCACGUGGUCGAGGAAGGGGCGGCAGAUGGGGAGGUGGUCGCGGAGGCUACAGGCCUUAUUACCAAGGAGGAGAGGAGGAAGGAAAUGAAGAGGGUGAAGAAGAAUCUCCUCCUGCACCACAGAGGCGACGCCCAUUCUACCCUCGUCGCAGGGGCUACUUCCGGCCCCCGUUCGGACGGGGCCCACCACCACGUAACCAGUACAUUAGCAAUGGAGAAGGGGAGGGUGACCACGAACUAGAAGAAGCUGGGUUACCACCAAGACGUCGCCGACCUUUCUACCGUCGUUUCUACCAACCACCACGCCGCUACUACGACCAAGGUCCACCAGGUUACCAAGGUGGAUACCAGGGCGGACCCGGACCCGGACCCAGGGGUCCCCCACGCCGACGCCGGAGACCCAACAAUAGGAAGAGAGAUCCUAACCAAGAUUCAGAUCAGCAAGAUAAUGCCGAAGGCGGUGAUGAAGGCACAAAAUCUGAGUCGACCACGAAUAAGUCUGAAAAUACAGACACCCAAGCAAGCUCAUCCACCGAGCAAAACUAAUUAAUAAUUAAUUCUGAAGUGACCAACAUCUUGUUGAAGUGUAGAAAACAAUCUUUGCUAAGCCUAGUGAUGAAUGUUUGCACAUGGACAUGUAUUAACGAUUGACAUGUGCAUAUAAUGGUGGAUGGAAUGCCAACUCAACUAUGCAAUUUUAAAAGAAGAAACGAAAAUAUUGGGGGAGUGUGGGGCAAAUCUACCACAUAAAGAAAACCUAACCUUUAAAGGGCUUAACUUUUAUACUUUUUGUACGACGAUUACUAGAGAAAUUUUGUUGACGCAAUAUUUUUGUCUAGUGAUUUGGUGUUUCAUCCUCCUGUUGUCCAUCAGUUCUACUGUAGACACUUUGAUUUUUAUGCAGUUUCCAUCCUUGUUUUUCUGCCAAAAGCUUAAUGUGAACAGGUUCUAACAGCAUGUGCAUCAAUAAAUUUGGCAAGACCAA